CAACAUGGAAGCAGUGUAGUGGGGCAGCUGUGGAUCGUCCGGAGCAGAUUCUCUUUCUGAGGCUUCACCAGCAGCAGGACCAGGACUCUUCUCUCCUGCUGAUGUCAAGCAUCUGGACAGAAACUCUAACAAACCGAGCGGCUGCAGUGGAUCAGAACCGGACCCCCCCCACCACACCCCCCCGGUGUGUGAAGCUCCUUUAGUCUGAGUCUGGACACGAAGCUUCCAGCAGCAGAACCACAGAGUGCUUCAUUAAUUACUGACACGUCCUGACGUCGUAGAUCCACACGUGUCCGAUCCCCGCUGUGACCCCCCCCCCUGUGAUGGUGGAGGAGCGGAUCUACACGGCCACGGGCAUGGCGGCCCGGCUGCGGAGCCAGUGGGACCGGGACGAGGGUCUGGGUCAGAACGACAACGCGGUGAAGUUCCUGGGUCAGGACUACGAGUCCCUGAGGAACCAGAACCUGCAGAGCCGCAGGCUGUUCGAGGACAACCUGUUCGCCUGCGCCUCCUCCUCCCUGGGCUUCGACGAGCUGGGGCCCCGGUCCGCCAAGACCCAGGGGGUCCGCUGGAUGAGACCCCCGGAGUUCUGCAAGCGACCCGAGUUCAUCGUGGACGGAGCGACUCGCACAGACAUCUGCCAGGGGGCGCUGGGCGACUGCUGGCUGCUGGCGGCCAUCGCCUCUCUGACCCUGAACUCCUCCCUCCUCCACCGGGUGGUUCCUCAUGGGCAGGGCUUCCAGCAGGGCUACGCCGGCAUCUUCCACUUCCAGUUCUGGCAGUUUGGCGAGUGGGUGGAGGUGGUGAUCGACGACCGGCUGCCGGUGAAGGACGGGAAGCUGCUGUUCGUCCACUCGGUGGAGGGGACGGAGUUCUGGAGCGCGCUGCUGGAGAAGGCCUACGCCAAGCUGAACGGCUGCUAUGAAGCUCUGUCGGGCGGCAGCACGUCCGAGGGCUUCGAGGAUUUCACCGGCGGCGUGACGGAGAUGUUCGACCUCCCCAAGGCGCCGUCUGACCUCUACAGCAUCAUCCACCGGGCCAUCGAGCGCGGGUCACUGCUGGGCUGCUCCAUCGACGCCACCAGCACACAGGACAAGGAGGCCGUGACCUUCAAGAAGCUGGUGAAGGGACACGCCUACUCUGUGACGGCGGUGGACGAGGUGGUGUACAGAGGCAACAUGACCAAGCUGGUGCGCAUCAGGAACCCGUGGGGGGAGGUGGAGUGGACCGGAGCCUGGAGCGACAACUCCAGAGAGUGGGACAGCGUGGACCGAUCCGUCAGAGGACGUCUUCAGAACCAAAGUGACGACGGCGAGUUCUGGAUGUCGUUCAGCGACUUCCUGCGUGAGUUCACCCGUCUGGAGAUCUGCAACAUCACGGCGGACGCGCUGCAGAACAGCCAGCUGAAGAAGUGGAGCUCCUCCCUCUACCAGGGCGAGUGGAGGCGGGGCAGCACCGCAGGGGGCUGCAGGAACUUCCCAGCCUCCUUCUGGCUCAACCCUCAGUUCAAGAUCGCGCUGCAGCACCCGGACACGCCCGGCCAAUCAGAGUGCAGCUUCCUGGUGGCGCUCAUGCAGAAGGACCGCAGGAAGAAGCGUCGAGAAGGAAAAGACAUGGAGACCAUCGGGUUCGCUCUGUACGAGGUUCCAGACGAGUUCGCGGGCCGGUCGGGGGUGCACCUGAAGAGAGACUUCUUCCUCACGCACGGCUCCAGCGCUCGCUCCGAGCUCUUCAUCAACCUGAGGGAGGUCAGCUCGCGGCUGCGGCUGCCGGCGGGCGAGUACAUCAUCGUGCCGUCCACGUUCGAUCCCAACAAGGAGGCGGACUUCGUGCUCAGGGUUUUCUCUGAGAAGCCGGCGGCGUCCGAGGAGCUGGACGACGAGGUGGAGGCGGAGCUUCCCACCGAGGUGGAGCUGGACGAGAGCCAGAUCGACGCCGCCUUCAAGAACCUGUUCCGGCAGCUGGCCGGGCCGGACAUGGAGAUCAGUCUGACGGAGCUGCAGACCAUCCUCAACAGGAUCAUCAGCAAACAUAAAGACCUGAAGACGGACGGCUUCACCAAAGAAUCGUGUCGCAGCAUGAUCAACCUCAUGGACACGGACGGCAGCGGGAAGCUGGGUCUGACGGAGUUCCACGUCCUCUGGGAGAAGGUCAAGCGCUACCUGACCAUCUUCAGACAGUUCGACCUCGACAAGUCUGGAACCAUGAGCUCGUACGAGAUGAGGAUGGCUCUGGAGUCCGCAGGUUUCAAGUUGACCAACCACCUGUUCCAGCUGAUCAUCCUCCGCUACACCGAGGCCGACAUGGCCGUGGACUUUGACAACUUCGUCACGUGUCUGGUCCGACUGGAGACCAUGUUCAAAACCUUUAAGACGUUGGACACGGACGCAGACGGACAAAUAACCCUCAACUUCUAUCAGUGGAUCACCCUGACCAUGUUUGCCUAAAGAUGAGCGGACAUCUUGUAACUCCAGCUGCAGCUCCCAGUAGAUCUCACAAGUGCCUUUUCUCCUGCGCCUCCUUGUCCUCCUGGUCCUCCUUGUCCUCCUGGUCCUCCUUGUCCUCCUGGUCCUCCUGGUCCUCCUGCACCUCCUUGUCCUCCUGGUCCUCCUGGUCCUCCUGGUCCUCCUGCGCCUCCUGGUCCUCCUGGUCCUCCUUGUCCUCCUUGUCCUCCAGGCUGUCCUCCCUCCUCCGAGGCUGAGGACUCAAUCCAUCGUCCCUGUGCCUGUCUCACAAACAUCUCUCGACACUCCCCAGCAGCAGGUGGCGCUCUUCUGUAGCCUGGCAGCCAGCGUAGCGUUUAGAGCCAGUCAGAUGUUCCUCUGUAGCCGACCACUAGGGGGCAGAAGUGAUCCUGUUUAGCAGGUGGAGACAAAACCAAACUUUUACCGUAAAGUAAAUAAAAUAAAUAAAACGUUUCUCAGUAGCCGACCUGUCGGGGCCAAAGUUAAGCUGCUGCUUUAAUUCAGAAUGUGGAGACAAAAUUUAGUUUUAAUCGGAAAUGAACUUUCACUUAACGCAGAAAUUAGCUCGUGUUUAGUUUCUGAAGUUACUGCAGCUUGUUGUUAUCGUUUGAAGAAGCGAACUACGAGCUGCUAGCUCGGUUUCACAGGACAAACCUGACCAGGAACAACAAGGAAAUAAAUUGGUUGAAAUAUGUUUACAAACAUGUAAAAUGCGUUUAGCAAAAUGCAUCUUUUCAUCUAUAUAUUUGUUUUGUUUUUAUUGGGGAAAGUUUUAAGUUUCAUUGUUUUGACCUGAAUUAUCUCUAAUGGUUUUCAUUUGAUGAGAAAGUUAGAUUUGGUUGUUUAUGCAGAUGAACUGAGAUAAGUUGAGUCAAACUUAGUUUAGUCUCACGAAAGAUCUCAAAGGGUUGAAAGAGGAACUCAUCCACACAGACACACACAAACAGACACACACAAACACACACAUUUUAAACACACACAAACCAUUGUGCCAAAACUCAUUUGUCAUUUUUUGUCCUUUUAUUCUUUUAAUCUACAUUGAACCAAAAGUGUGAAAGUUUGCCGUCAUAUUUUGGUCAUUUAUGAAGUUUACUUAUGAAUAUUAUGAUAUAAUUAUUCUCAUUAAUGAUCAUUCUUCAUCAUGUAGCACCAGCUGUUAAACAACACUUCUGUAUGACCACAUUCUUCUGCUCAUGACUUUUUAACGAUGGAAUCUGACUUCCUGUCAAACAGGAAGUGCAGAAUUCUCUUUCCUGUUCUUCUCCAGCUGCUUGACGCUCAGUCAGAUUCUCUCCGAGCCAGAUGUGCUCCUCUUCUUUCUUCAUCAAAGAUCUGUGCUCAUGAAUGUUCAUAAUGUGAGUUUAUGGAUCUGCUGGUGUGGGGCCUGGGUGACCUCUGACCUGUGCAGAGCAGAGACCUGGGGGUUUGAUUUCUGUCAGUGAAUCUAUUUAGCUUGAAAACCUACUUCUCAUUAUGCAUGACACUUUCUACUGACUGCUUGACGAGGGAAAACUUUUAUAUAUAAUGUUAGAAGAUUAAAAAAGGUUCUUGUUGGUUCCUCAUGUCAGAGGAACAGUUCUGCAAGAUGAAUGUUGUGUGCAUGCAGUGGGAUUCCUGCUCAACCGGGGGGGGGGAAAAGCUUUUAUUUUGAAGAGAUGUAUUAAAAAAAGUGUCAUCGAUCCACCUGCAAGUGUCUGUUCUGCCAAAUGACCAGUUUUUAAACUUUUAAUGUGUUUUAUUAAUCUGUUUCCAGAGUUUGUGCCGCGUCAUGCUUAUGCAACCUCAGCUCCUGUUGACAGUAGAACGUCUGGUUCCCUUUGGACUCGUCAUGUUUACUGUUCAGCUUCUGUCAAACUUCAGUCACUCUCUGGAAAUAAAAACAGGAGGUUUUCA